GACAAAUUUAGUAAUUUAUUGAAGGAUUUUAUCAUGUCUGCAUUUAUUGUAAUAUAAUCAAAAAAAUAAAAUUGUACUGCAUCCAUAGUUAUAUAUGUAUAAUUGACGUCCAAUAUACUUGAAUAGGCAGGGCAAACCUGCUAAAACUACUGAUAUGAAUGCUGACAUCAGAAACGAUACGAUAAAAAAAAAAUCAAAAAGUUGAUCAAAUGCGUAAUUUUUUUUUUUUAAACUUUUGAAAUCUCUUCAAUGAUAAAUACUUUUUCGAAGAAUGGAAUGGACAACCUUUUCAAUGAGCAUGGUGAAAGAGUUUAUAAUCCCAUGAAAGGUGUCUUGACAGAAAUGACAGACCCAAACAUUGUACUUGAAGCAAUAACUAGCUGGCUGAGCUGCAAGAGUUAUUUGGCUAAUAAACUUGCUGAAAAGAAAUAUUGUGG